AAAAUUAACAGUUAUUUAUAGUAUUGUGAUUGAAUAAUUUUCAAAUACAAUCGACGUUCCAAGCGAGUGCAUAAAUUAUUUUUUCUCUAUGUACGUAAUAUUAGGUGAGUAUUUAUAUAAAUGCGUCGCCUAUUUGCUUGAAAUUCACUCUUAGUGGAAACUCCCGCGCAUCAAUAUCAAAUUAUUAUCGAAUAAAAAAAUAUCUCAUUUAACAAUAAAAUAAUUGAAAAUUAAUAGAUAAAAUUAAAAAUAGGAUUUAUUAAUUUAGAAAAAAAGUUUAAAAAAAUAUAAAAAAUUGGAAAGUUUUCUGAAAAAAAAAAAUGGAGUCAAUUAAACCGUGUCCAAUUUUCGAAUUCAAUGACAACCAAUUGAUGAACGUUCGGAAAUGUUUCGGUUAUGACGAUAUCAAUAGGUUGAAACAAGACAUAGAUCAGUUGGAAGAUUGGAUCAAAAAGCAGCCCCACUUCAGGGUCAAAGAAUUUGAUCGAGACUUUUUGGAGCGCUACCUCAUCUACAAUAAAGGGUCCAUUGAGAGGGCUAAGAAGCGUUUCGAUAAACUAUGUACAUUUACCGGCAUGAUGCCUGAGUUUCUUCAGAACUACGAUAUUAGGAAUGAAUUUGUGCCUCAUAAUAAUGUUUGCAUGACAUGCGUUCUACCGAAGCCAACUCCUGACAAUUAUCGCGUGGUGGUGAGCGUCUUAACAGGAGUCCAUGACAACAAGUUUGAACUCAUUUCGUACUACCGGUAUCUUAUUGUGUUUGGCCACUACAUGCUACAACAUGACUAUUGCAACGGUUACGAGAUAAUUGGUGACACCAGGAAUAUCCAAAUGGGAACAGUCAAGACGCUGAACCCUAUAAUUGUUCACAAAGCUCUAAAUCUUGUCAUUGAAGCUUUAGGUCAGCGAAUGAAGAAGAUCCAUUUUAUAAGUGGGUCCAAAUUCUUCGAUACGCUUAUCACAGUUAUCAAGCAAGGUCUUAGUCAAAAACUUUCUCAAAGAUUGAUCAUACAUGAUAGUGUUGAAUCGCUAUAUGAACAUAUCAAAAGAGAGCAUUUGCCGACGGACCUUGGUGGGGAUGAGAAGAGCAUGAAGGAAUUGACUGAAAUGGACUUCAAAGAAAUAAGUUCGGAUGAACACAUUGCAAGAGUGAAAUACAUGGAACAGGCUUCGACUGAUGAAUCUCUUCGGAAUUCAGCUACCUUCAAUGAAGAGUAUUCAGGCAUGCCUGGAUCUUUCAAAACUUUGUGUGUAGAUUAAAAAAACGGACGACUUGAAAACCUCCUCCUCUGAAGUCGAUUAAAGAUGGUCGAUUUCAAUUGUUUUGGUUUUAGGGGUCUUGGAAACAGUUGUUUAAUUUAUUAAUUGUCUGGAUAAUGAUGGUGUUAUUAUAAAAAGUUUACCAGACCUUUGAGAUGUGUUUGCAAAACUGUUGUAUUCAAUUCUUUCUUAAAAAUGUCAAAGGUCUUUUGGACUUGUUCAGUGGUUAUUUAUUGUU